AUGUCCCGUGGUUCCAGCGCUGGUUUUGACCACCACAUUACCAUUUUUUCACCCGAGGGCCGGCUCUACCAAGUAGAAUAUGCUUUUAAGGCUAUUAACCAGGGUGGCCUUACAUCAGUAACUGUCAGAGGGGAAGACUGUGUAGUAAUUGUCACACAGAAGAAAGUACCUGACAAAUUAUUGGAUUCCAGCACAGUGACUCACUUAUUCAAGAUAACUGAAAAAAUUGGCUGUGUGAUGACAGGAAUGACAGCUGACAGCAGAUCCCAGGUACAGAGGGCAUGCUAUGAGGCAGCUAAUUGGAAAUACAAGUAUGGCUAUGAGAUUCCUGUGGGCAUGCUGUGCAAAAGAAUUGCUGAUAUUUCUCAGGUCUACACACAGAAUGCUGAAAUGAGGCCUCUUGGUUGUUGUAUGAUUUUAAUUGGUAUAGAUGAAGAACAAGGCCCUCAGGUGUACAAGUGUGAUCCUGCAGGUUACUACUGUGGGUUUAAAGCCACUGCAGCAGGAGUUAAACGGACAACCAGCUUCCUUGAAAAAAAAGUGAAGAAGAAAUUUGAUUGGACAUUUGAACAAACAGUGGAAACUGCAAUUACAUGCCUAUCUACUGUUCUAUCAAUUGAUUUCAAACCUUCAGAAAUAGAAGUUGGAGUAGUUACAGUUGAAAAUCCUAAAUUCAGGAUUCUUUCAGAAGCAGAGAUUGAUGCUCACCUUGUUGCUCUAGAAGAGAGAGGCUAA